AUGGAGAAGAGAAGAACCGCAUCCCCCGACGAAAGAAGAAACAUUCAUUAUCACUAUUUUACAAUUGCUUCUAUUAUUUACAAGUACUGCAUUGGAGGGUUCCGGUUGCACGACCGCAAGUGGUCCAAAGGAAGGGACACCAAAGUCAAUAUCAGAUACACACACACAAAACAAUCCACUCUGUAUCAAAACCAAACACAACAUCGUUCAGAAGAAAAGGAACACCGUCGGCAUUGUACCAAGGCGAAACACCGGAUGGCUGGCUACGCCAGUCUCGGUCGGAUGAGCCUGCCGCGUGGUGGCACUUUAGACAUGACGCGGCACACGGCCAGCAUACAUGAAGCGCACAUUAUGAUUAUACCUUCGACACCGAAGCAUCUGCUUUUCUAUGAUACCCCUCAAACGUCUCUUUCCUACAUGCUACAGGGCCCCUCAAGUAGACGAAAGGGGGGCCUGACGCCGGCACCAGACGGCAAACUCGUGAAUAUCCCAGCGCGAACAUGUACGCGCUGGGCGAAGUGUACAUCAGUCCUUUUGAGCAUUGAGGGAGGCGUGAGUCUCUACCACCCCUCUUCUCUCUGCACUUUGAGAAACUGGAGACUCGAAGUUGGUAUCCAUUCUCAGCCGUUGGACUAUGCACUUAUUUCAGAUAGCACUUCCUAA